AUGUCAGGGUCUUUCUGGAAAUUCGGACAAAACUACGCAAGCGAGUCUCCCUUGUCGAAACUUUUGAAUAGAGCGUUCAUCAAGGUGAGUAGCGAAGAGGGUGCUCAAGAUAAACAACAGGACAACGACUCUCAGGAGAAAAUAAACAGGCUGCUGGCAUCUCCUGGGGGCAGUAGUUCUGAUGGAAGCGAAUCGCUUGAAAAAUCCGAUGCAGAUGCUGAGCACGGCUCUGCAGAUCAAAACAAUGCUCUACCAGAUUCGGAGGCCGAAUACAGAGACUAUGAACCAAACAUGGAGGUUCUUGAUGAGCUUCUUGACGAUGAAGAGCUAUACACGGAGCUUAUGUGCUCUAACUUCAAGCUGUUGAUAUUUUUCAAGUAUCCUCAAGUGUUGGCAAAGUUAGUGGACUACGUUACUAACGAGCAUGUUCUGAGCGAGAGCCUAGAGGAAAGCGAAGAAGAAGACGAAAAGCCAAUAUCAGACGCACCUAAAUCAGGCGCUGAUGACUCGGAGGAGCCUCAAAACAAAGAAUCUUUGGGUGGGGACAAGAACGACAGAGAGCCUAUGUCUGAUCAACUUUCCGUAUCAUCUAAUGAAACAAGUAUCACGCUACCUCCGGACUCCGAGGAACAGUCGGACUCUCGGCGAGCCCGGAUGGCUGCAGAAAUAUUAUCUGCCGACGUUUGGCCUAUCUCUUCCGCUUUCAUGGACCAUGAAGAACUUCUAGGUAGAUUGUGGGCUAUGCUGGAUCACCCAGCUCCCCUUUCUAUCGUUGCAUCGACGUACUUCAUGAAAAUCAAUGAAAGACUGCUGGAUAUGGAUAUAUCCGGCAUGCUGCAUUUCAUCUUAGCUCAAGAUGAUCUUGUUGAUAGAUUCCUAAAGCACACUGACAACCCUCCUCUCAUGGACUACCUACUGAAAGUAAUUUCGACUGACAAGCCGGAUACCUCCACUGGUGUCAUUGAGAAGCUCGGAAGUCAGGAGUUAAUUCCGAAACUCCUUGAUCACUUAGCCGCUGGCCACUCCUCAUCUACCAAGUCUGCUGCUGGUGACUUUCUGAAAGCUCUGAUUACAAUAAGUGCCAACUCAAAUAACGAAAUUGCAUCUGCCAUAGGUCCAAAUGGACUAACAAGAGAAUUAGUGUCACCUCCAAUGGUGGAAAAACUAAUGAAUAUAAUGCUCAGCGGUGGAACAUCUCUCAGCAACGGUGUUGGAAUAAUAAUCGAGUUGAUUAGGAAAAAUAAUUCCGACUACGACUUUGUACAGGUAAUGUACACCACGUUGGAGACUCAUCCUCCAAACGAUAGAGACCCAAUUUACUUAGGAUAUCUGAUAAAGUGCGCAGCAGAACAUCUACCAGAGUUCAACAAGAUGUUGGUUGAGACAGAGCUGCCGCCCUUGGAGACUCCCUUUGGAUCAAUCGAGCCCCUAGGGUUCGAAAGGUUCAAAAUAUGCGAGCUUGUUGCUGAACUGUUACAUUGCUCAAACAUGACAUUACUCAACGAGCCCAGUGGCGGAUCGAUAGUCGCAGAAAGAGACGCCGUUAGAGAGAAGAUCCUUCAACAGGAAAAGAGUGAAGGUAGUCACAAGAAAGACGAGAAUGAGGAUGUUCUGCAGAAGAUGUCCGAUCUUAGAAUUGCUGCUACCAACUCUGAAAACAGCAGUGACGAGGAUGGAAUACAGACCAAAGAGGAUGCCGAUGCUGCUGGUGAAGAAAUCCAAUCCGAGGGCUCAAGCGAAAACGAGUUAUCCGAAAAGUCUUUGAGAGAAAACCCAGUAGUCGGAGACCAACUGAAAAUUGCUCUUCAAGAUAAUAGGGUUAUUACAUCCAUACUCGAAAUGUUUUUUGAUUUUCCAUGGAACAACUUUUUGCACAAUGUCGUCUUCGAUAUUGUUCAGCAGAUUUUCAAUGGUCCGCUAAAAACUGGUUUCAAUCGCUUUUUGAUCGCUGACCUUUUCACUGGAGCCAAGUUAACACACAUGAUUAUGGAUGGAGAUAGAAAAUGCGAGGAUUAUGAAAACGAGACAGGUCUCAGACUCGGGUAUAUGGGCCAUCUUACUUUGAUCGCCGAAGAGGUCGCAAAGUUCGCAGCGUACGUUGAUGAAAUGAAAAUUACAUUUAGCAAUUCGGCCAUCGUUGAAAGCUUAAAUGAACCCCGCUGGAAAGAAUAUACAGAAACUGUGUUGGCCGACACCCGUGAAAACUACAGUUCUGUUUUAGGAGACUUCGAAGAGGAGGAGGAUGAUCACGAAGAUCCCGAUAUCGAGGAUGAAAACCCAGGUGGUAAGACUUCUGUGACAGGCAAUGACGAAGGUGACGGCUACCGUGACUUCGAUAAUGGCGCUGGCAGCACUGGAAAUUACACAGAGUACGACAGUGUCGAUAAUCCUCGCUACUAUCAAUAUGAGGAUGAGCACGGUAACAAAACGGAACUGCAUUUAAAUCCUGACAUCGAUUACGAUAUCGGCCCUGGGACCUUCAGCGAGAACAAUGCACAAGAGUUGGAAGACCAUGACAUUACUGAGGGAGGAAAGGAUGGGAAGAACAAGUUUAGCAACUAUAUGUCCCGUCAAUUAUCUAAGGACUACAACACGUCCUCAUCUUCUGACGAUGAUGACGAAGAUAUCUGGGGUAGCUCUGCUCCUGGAAGCGCGCAAUCAUCCGAGUUUUUGAAGCACGGAUCGAAAGCGGGUUCUAGUGAAUUCAAAGAUAGCGGCGCCUUCAACCCUUCCCACUUUGGGCUCGAGGAUGAUGACGACGACUAUAUGGACCCAAAUGAUGAUGGUCAAUCUUAUGCUAAGCCUCACCACCCGCUCUACGAUAGUAUGUUAUCGCAAGGAAAGUCCGAAAACCAACUGUACUACGAUCAGGGAGAUGCAAGUCUAGCUGAAAACGACGAUGAGGACAGCGACGAUAGCGACAAGGAAGACGCCGGCGACGAGGACGACCAAUACUCUUUGUGCAGGACUUCAAGCAAAGACAACAUGGCGUGGGAUCACGCAGAGCAAAACCGGAUAAUCAAUACUGCCCAAUACAGGCAAAAUCAGCAGGAGUUGGCAGACAAGUAG